ACCUAUUCAAUUGUAACAUCAAGCCAUAUAUAUACCGGUCCCUAUAUUCGUCUUCCCUCCCACCUAUUCAGUGAAAACAUGAUGUCUUUUCGAGCUGCUGUGCGCUCGGCGCCUCGUUCGCUGAGCCGUAUGAAUUCAGCCGCCAUCCGACAGACCAGAAUCGCCCAGCCAAGCUCACUCUUGAGAACAACUAGGGCACCUCUGCGCACACCACAGUUGGCCGCGACCUUCUCGUCGACACCCUUAAGACAAGCGCCCGCCAACGAAGCUGACCGGGAGCUAGUGUCCAAGCUUGAAAGCGAAGUAAAAUUUGAGAAUGAGUUGAAGCAGAACGAGCAGCUCCCUGCCAGCAUCAAAGACUUCCUGGAGAACAGCCCCUACGAAGUCAAGGACGAGCCCGGCAAGCAAGAUGUGUAUCUAGUGCGCAAAUUCGGUGAUGAAACCAUCACUGUCUCGUUCUCUAUCGCGGAUCUUGCCAACUACGAGCAGGACAUGUACAACGAGGACAGCGCACUGACCGACGAAGAGUUGGAUACCCCCGAGGGCAAGCAGCUUGCCGACACCGAGGCCGAGGAUGGUCUUGAGGAUGAACCUAGCCAAAGUGUCGUUCCUUGCCGCCUGAACAUUGUUGUGGAGAAGCCCAACAAGGGCGCAUUGAACAUUGAGGCUGUCGCUCAAGAUGGAGCCAUCCUCGUCGAAAACUUCUACUACUAUAAGGAUCCCAAGAUGGCACACAGCUCGUCUGCUGAGGCCGACCACGGCGCUCGGGACGCCUAUCCCGGCCCACCCUUCGGCAGUCUGGAUGAGGACUUGCAACUCUUGUUGGAGCGCUACCUUGAGGAGCGUGGUAUCUCACAGUCUAUGGGCCUCUUCGUUGCUGAUUACAUGGACACAAAAGAGCAGCGGGAGUAUCAGAGCUGGUUGAAUAGUGUCAAGGACUUCGUCGCGGCUUAGGUGGCUUGAUCCUGAAAGGGGGCGAUUGAGGUUGGUGCUUUGCAGCACAUGUUGUAUAUUCGGGAGGUGCUUAUUCUCUCAGUGUAGUUUUUCCACUCCCAAAACGGUUUACAAUGUACAAUAGUGAGCGAUCAGUAAUCGCUUCCACCACGAAGAUAUGACGGAACCUUAAUUGUUAUGAUGUCACACAAUUCUUUAGAAUUUGGAAUCCUUUGCAGAAUACCCGUGUGACAUGAUCCGGUAGAAAACAGUUAUUGCCAAC